ACACCGUUCCUGGGCCCCCGCCUUCAGUGAACGUUCCCGCGAUUCAUUCCCAUACCGAUAACCUCGCGAAAUACACAAAGUAACACGACUUGCCUUUUUAAUAAAAUGAGCAAACACAUCAAAAAUGAGUGGAGUGCUCGCUUAAUCGAUCGACUGCAUUAAAAAGUAAAAUUUUUAUUGUCGUUUUGCAGGCGACUUUACAGAUUAUUUUGCGCUGUGUUCGAGCUUGAGAGCUUUGUUAGAAGUCGUUUGCGUGAGCGGCCCUCGGGAGGAGCUCGUGCGUAUCGCUAACAUUUGCUACCGAGCGGUGCCGUCCUGUGCUUAGUUCUCCAGUGAACAGUGCGUCAGAUCUCGAGGUGUUUUAUCGUUCAUUCGGUUGCGAGCUUGCGCAUAAUAUUUUUAUUAUUUUUUAUAUUUCUUUCGCAUUAAUUUGCUAUUAUUGUGACAAAAAACGCGAUCCAUGCUUGGAGUUAUGACUACCAUGAGGCAUCGGCGGAGAUAAAGCGAGCAUCUAUGCAAAACACGGCGAUCGCACUGCUGGAGAAGGCGUCGGCGUACGAGCGGGCCGUGCUGGAAUGUGAGCACCUCGCCGUCUCGGAGCACGGCGGGUUCCGGUGAGAGCGCUGGCGCGGCGGCGACGGCGACGGCGACCGCGACAUGGAGCGCGCGCCCCCCGACGUGCCGCUGAUCGUGACGCCGCCGGGCGCGGGGGGUGCGGGGGGCGCGGCGCGGGUGGCUCGGGGCUCGCGUGACGAUCCGCCCUCCACCUGGCGCUCCUCGGUGCGCGUCCGCGACACCGGCUUCCGCGGCUCCCGCAAGAGCGUCGUUCGCCUCGAACCGCCGUGUAAUGGUCUCAACGGAUUGCCCACCAUCAUCGGCAAGGAGGUACUAUCACUCGGCGCUACGAGCGGGCCCAAGGGGACCACGCAACCAUCACAUCCCUGGACUAUCCUCCACCAUUCUCCUUACAAGGCCGCUUGGGAUUGGUUGAUUCUAAUCCUCGUGAUCUACACUGCGAUAUUCACACCGUACGUGGCCGCCUUCCAGCUGAACGAGCCGGAUUUUGACAAAAGAUCACGCAGCUUCGGCGAAGAUCCAAUAGUCGUUAUUGAUAUGAUAGUUGACGUAACCUUCAUAAUAGACAUCCUAAUAAACUUCCGUACAACGUACGUGAACGCGGCGGACGAAGUGGAAUCUGAUCCAGCGAAGAUCGCGAUGCACUACCUUCGCGGCUGGUUCAUCAUCGACCUGGUGGCGGCCAUCCCCUUCGACCUUCUCCUCUUCGGCACCAACACCGACGAAACGACGACCCUCAUCGGUCUGCUGAAGACAGCGCGGCUGCUCCGGCUCGUGCGUGUCGCGCGCAAAAUCGACCGUUACUCUGAAUAUGGCACUGCCGUCCUUCUCCUCCUUAUGGCUACAUUCGUCCUUUUUGCCCAUUGGCUUGCGUGUAUUUGGUAUGCAAUUGGAAAUUGGGAGAGACCUCAACUACAAGCUCCUAUUGGCUGGUUAGAUGCUCUUGCUAACGAUGUGCAAGCUACCUACGAUAACUCAACAGGGCCAUCUAUGAGGUCACGUUACAUCACAGCUCUGUAUUUUACUUGCACCUCUCUAACCAGUGUGGGUUUUGGUAACGUGGCGCCUAACACAGAUAUGGAAAAAGGAUUUACAAUAUUUGUCAUGCUUCUUGGAUCUCUUAUGUACGCGAGUAUUUUCGGUAAUGUAUCUGCAAUAAUACAACGUCUUUAUUCCGGCACUGCGAGAUAUCACACACAGAUCUUGAGAGUACGGGAAUUUAUAAGAUUUCAUCAGAUUGCCAAUCCAUUACGGCAAAGACUUGAGGAAUAUUUCCAACAUGCGUGGAGUUAUACGAAUGGAAUCGACACAUCGAGUGUACUGAAAGGUUUCCCCGAGUGCCUCCAAGCCGACAUCUGUCUACAUCUCAAUCGCAAUCUUCUAGCCAAUUGUGCCGCUUUCGAAGGAGCAAGUCCUGGCUGCUUAAGAGCGCUAUCGUUAAGGUUCAAAACGACCCACGCGCCGCCGGGAGAGACUUUAGUUCACCGUGGAGACGUGCUCAUUUCGCUUUAUUUCAUCUCUCGUGGGUCAAUAGAAAUUUUAAAAGACGAUAUUGUAAUGGCUAUUUUAGGUAAAGAUGAUAUAUUCGGCGAGAAUCCGUGCAUCUACUCUAGCGUGGGGCGCAGUAACUGCCGCGUGCGUGCGCUCACAUACUGCGACCUGCACCGCGUGCACCGUGACGAUCUGCUGGACGUUCUCGACAUGUACCCCGAGUUCCGCUCUACUUUCGUCAACAACCUCGAGAUUACCUACAACAUGCGAGAUGAGGAGCUGGGUGGUAUAGAGACGAGACGGCGCAUGCGCUAUGAGCAUCCGUACGACGCGCGCUUGCUACGGGAAGCAUAUGCGAGAAACACGCGUCGUCCGCACACAGAGACAUUUGCAGAUAAGGAUUCACAAUGCAGCGAUGAAGACACCGAGUCUCCGGCAAGUCGAGGCAUUCUAGAAUUUUCUGCGGACAAAGCGGGGCAGGACGUCACUCCACUCAACUUUAAUUUCAGCAAGCAACGCUCUACGACCCUCAACUCUAUAACAGGCAUGCUAGCGCAACUUAAAAGGAGCUUCCCAGACCUCUACCACCAUAAAACGCAUCAGCCGCUACACAACAAAUACUCUCAAUCCACGCCGCAAACGUACCGAGGGCGCGCGAGCGUGCGUCGGCAGUCGUCGGUGGGCCCGCUGAACGACACGUCGCCGCUGACGGGCGGCGCGGCAGCGGAGGAGGCGGCGGUGAGCACGCCCGCGCACAGCGCCACGCUGCCCGUCUCCAGCCUCAGCACCAAUCCCAGCUCGUACUACACCAACGCCUCGCCGAGCCCGCCCGCCGCGCCCCCCGCCCCCGUCCACGUGUCCUGCGACGACAUCCUCGCGCCCGCGCAGCCGCCCGUCGCACGCACCCCCUCCUGCAGGUCGGCGCCGCACUCUGCCGUCAACCUGCAGCAGGCCGGCCGACCCUCCGCCCUACCCUUCACUGCCGAAAGAGCACAGAAUACAGCGAACGUGCAGGAGGUGAUGUCGCCGCAAUAUCAGAACGUGGGUUCAGCCGCGUCGGCGGCUUCAGUGGCCACCGUGCUGACGAGACUCGAAGAGCUGAGCAGGCGCGUGGCGCUGCUGGAGAGCGGGCUGACGGCCGACGUGCGCCGCAUCCUGCAGCUGCUACAGGCGCGCGAGCCUUUCGCCGCGCAUAACUCGCAGCCCGGACACACACCCUCGCAACCCCUGCCCAAGGCCUCGCUCUCCGUGCCUCACGGCGACAAGCAAUGGGAGUGGAACUGGAACGGGGAGCGCGAGCGCGAGCGGGAGCGGGAGCGGGCGGCGGGGCGGCACGGGCGCGGGGAGCGUGCGCCCGGCGUGCAGCGCUCCGCCUCCGAGCCGCACGCGCCCGUGCCGCCCGCCCUGCCGCCGCCGCCGCACUCACACUCCUUCUAUAGGUAGUGUGAGGCGGGCGAGACGAGCGCCCUCCGCUCCCGGCCGUCGACGCGCUCGCUCGCCGAGUCGGCCUCGUGCGGCUCGCUGAC